UAACUUGAGGAUGCGAAAUUGAUAAAAAUAAUUCUGCUAUUUGAUAGAUGGAAUGUUGAUGAUAGUAGUUCUGUAGUUGCAAAUCAUCCAGAUAAUGGCAGGACGGCAUUUUAUAUUAAAUAUUGAGGCAGCAUAUUUUAUAUCGCAGUUCGCGAUACAUGUUCUGCGACGGAGAUGCUCCUAGUUCUGAAUCCUCCUCGUUUCUUUCUCGGUGAAAUAUCUCACAAUCACAAAAUUCCAAAAUGCAUUUUAUCUUCUUCUCUUAACCCACAAUUGCGAAUACGAUGUUGUGCUAAUCAGAACAACAAACCUAAAUUGAAACCCUCGAUUCUCCUGGAUAUGAGUUCUUCUUCUCCACCGUCUUCCUCGUAUAUACAGCUGGGCGAGGGCAGUGAAAGUGACAGUGGUGAUAAUAAUACUAGUAAGACAAUGUGGGGUAAGCUAGGUCAGAGGUUCAAUCCCCGUGGCAUUGUUUCGAGCGUCAAGGUUAUAUUGAAGGAGCAGCAUUUGGCUCUGCCCCAUCUGAAUGUGCAGGAUAUAAGGUGGAUUGAUUGGAAGGAGUUGAAGAAGCAGGGGUUUCAAGGGAUCGUGUUCGACAAGGACAACACACUCACGGCUCCUUACGCGCCCUCUCUCUGGCCCUCGCUCGCUCAUUCUUUGCAAGAUUGCAAAUCUGUUUUCGAUGGCCACAUUGCUCUCCUCAGCAAUUCUGCCGGGCUUUAUCAAUAUGAUCCGGAUGGUUCAGAAGCAGAUGCAUUGGAGAAGCUUAUUGGAAUACCUGUUAUAAGACAUGGAACAAAAAAGCCUGCAGGAAAUGCAAAAGACAUUGAAAAGUACUUUGGUUAUGAUCCUUCAUUGCUUGUGAUGGUUGGUGAUAGACACUUCACAGAUAUUGUGUAUGGCAAUAGGAAUGGAUUUCUAACUAUUUUGACAGAGCCUUUAACUCUAGCUAGGGAGCCUUUCAUUGUGAGACAAGUAAGGAAGUUGGAGAGUUUUCUUGUACGGUGUUGGUAUCGUAAAGGGUUUAAACCUGCAAGUCAUCAUUUGCUUUCGAGCAAACAUGAAUGCAUUAGAGAUCCUAAUUGAUAGAAAAUUCUCAAUUAUGGCUGCUGAGUUUGUGUGUUGAAUGUUCCCACAUGGGUUGUUGGGAUUACGGUGCUGUGUCCAUUAUAAAAGCUUUGUGCAGGCAGGGAAAGAAUUUUCUUCGGAAAGAAAAGUUAGUCAGUGUUGAUAUCUUCAAAUUUGGUGGCUUAGCAUAUUAUAUCCUUGUUAGAGCCAAGUGGUUUAUGGAUCUUGUUUCCAUCCCACUAUUGCAUGCUUUUGGGGAAAAAUUUCCUAUGUUGUAGGUUAAUGUCUGGAUUAAUAUAUGGCAUUUGACUAAUUAUUGGCUCGGGACAGUUACUACUUAAAUCAUGUAACUGUUGUCAAAGUAGUUUACUUGAUAGGGUGCAAGCAUUACAGCAAAAUAUAUGUUUAUUAUUAGCCUGUUGACAGAUUUAUAAGAAGUUGAAUUUGAUGAACAUUGAAAA